AUGUCCGAAGACAGAGAAGGAUUUGUCCCCAUUACUGCCGAAGAAGUCGUGCAAAUAUCAGGCGAAGAACUAGAGGAACUGCUGAAUCAAGCUCGCCAGAAUGUGGCGCCACCUCCUGUAACAAUGCCGUCGUCGGCUAACACUCCUACCUCUUCGACAAAGCCCAAUUUCUCAAAACCAGGCUUGGCUCGGCAGUUCGAUUUCAACUCUAGCAUUCUAAAUAUCCUGAUUCCUCUUAAGGAAUUUGCUCCCGAGGAUUUCGAGAUAAGAGGCAGUCUAAGCCGUGCUAUUUCGCAGAGGAACGAACUCCUCACUACAGCGGACACGGAUCCUUAA